AUGAAAAGGACACGGGAGUUUGCCUGGGACAGUGGAGGUAACAACUCUGUAAGUUUAGACAUCCUACACUCCCCAACAAAUGAAGGGGGAAAGAACAUUCUGAACCUGUGUGAUCGGAAUGAAGCGAUAGAACUCAAAUGGCUAAAAAGCUUACUCGCUCCCAGUCCAGAAAGGCCGCCAUGGACCUUCUUCGCACAUGCACUUAUUGCCAAAGCUGCUCGUAGCUCCCCUGUAGCAAAACCAGAAGCCAAAAUUAACACAUUUCUACAGACGUGGGAGCCAUCCUACAAGAAACUACCGACUCACCUAAAGCGAAUCCUCAAAACAGCUAAAAAAUUCAAUGUAAGAUGGGAAGCCAUAUCGAUAGCGCCAGAAAUAGCACGACAAUUACCUAUAUGGUUCCAUCUGGGUGCCUCAAACGACAUUAAGAAACUGAAUAACACCCCAAGCGCCAACUGCCUGAGAAUUAACCAUGAUGUGCGCUAUGUGCAAGACCUAGAAGUAGUAAUACGGAGAUCAGACCCUAACCACAGAACACAUCAUGAGUGUCCGUGCGCCCACUGCACUCGAGACCGUGCAAGACGAUGCAGAAACCCAAUCAAAUGCAUCAAAGUAGCGAAUGAACUCCUCACCUGCGUUCAACCAAAAUGGAACCCCGCAACAAGUUCACCCAACUAUAACCUAAACAUCUCCCCAGAGCAAAUCCCACAGGACAUAGGAGAAAAUAAAGGCAACUCACUGAUUAUCUUCGACCCAAUCUUCCCAUCUCCCGCUUCCAUCGAAGAAGGAUUCCGAGUUUUCGUGACCCAGUCA